UUUUUUUCUUUUUAUUUUUUUUUCUUUUUACUUUUUUUUUUAUUAUUUUUUGACGCUUGGGAACUCCAAAAUAUAUCAAUUAACCUAUAUUUUACUUAUUAUUCAAUGGUCAAAUUUUAUCAACACAGUACGAAUUACGAGUAUCCAUGGCAAAGUGUCACCCUGGCCUUUUGGCUUAGAUACCCAAAUCCUUUUGCUUCUCAUGUACUUGCAGUUGAUGUUUUAGAUCGAUAUGUGGACGAACGUGGAGUACUAAAAACAACACGAUUAGUAUUGAAAAAAGGCAAAGCUCCUAAAUGGUUUCCUCAAACAUUCCUCAAAAGUUCUGAAGCUUUUGUGAUUGAAGAAUCUGAAGUAAAUCCUGAAACACAAACUAUGGUAACUCGUACCAAGAAUUUGAAUCAUGUACGAAUUAUGCAAAUUGAAGAAACUCAAACAUUUACAACUGGUGGGUCCAAUGGCGACUGGACUUCUUGUAAAACAGAAGCUCGUAUCAUCUCUAAAUUUGGUUGGGGAAUGACUAGUCGAAUCGAAGGAUUUGGUCAAUCAAGUUUUGCAGCAAAUGCAUCCAAGGCUCGAAAAGGAAUGCGUCAUAUUUUACAAAUGAUUCGAGAAAAACAAGCUGGUGGACGAUUACCGUUAUUUGCGACCAAUGACCUUUAGUUUUGGAUUCCAGAUUCUGUCUAUAUUCUCAUUUCUCUUUCUCUCCAUUUGUAUUCCCCAUAAUACUUCAAUCAUAUAUUCAUAUAUUCUACCCCUCUCCCUCUUAUCCACUUGGUUUUUGAUUUUUAUUAGUUUACUUGAUAAUGAUGAUGUCAAAGAAGUGAAGAUUGCCCUUGGUUACUCUCUUUUCUCUUUACCCCCCCUUUUGGAUAGUGUACAAAGUCAAAAAAACAUCAUCAUCAUUCCAAACAUUCUCUCUCUUGUCUUUUUAGUUUUAUUCUUAUUUAUUCAAUUCUCUGUACAGUUUGUUAUUCUUUCAAAAUUCUAUUAAUAAAAUAAAAUAAAAUAAAAUAAAAGCAUCAUAC